AUGGUCGCCCUCGACAAGCACGGCCGCCUCCCGCUCCACUACGCCGCCAGGCGCGGCUACUACGACCUCGUCUGGUUCUUCGUCACCCGCCACGUCGACCCCAGCCUCGUCGACAAGAAGGGCAAGAGUCCGCUGGUGUACGCUACGGAGGGCAGCGUGAGCACCCAGAACCUGCGCAUCGCGUCGGUGCUGCUGAGCGGCACCAUGGCCAAGAAGGCCGACCCCAACAUCCUCUACCCCAACCCCGUCCACCAGGCCGCCCAGAAGGCUAUCGAGGCGAAGAAGGCCAAGAUGGACGCCAAGGCCAAGGCCAAGGCCAAGGCGACCAGUGGCGCGGAGGGCAAGAUCAAGGCGGCGACCGACGCACUGGCCAAGAUUGCCGAGAAGACGCGCCCAAUCAUCCACGCGGCCAAGGACAACCUGCCCGCGUUCGUCACCGCGCUCCUGGCCCACACCGCCGGCAGGCUCGCGUGCGACGUGAACGCGCAGGACAGCCUCGGCAAGACGGCCCUCAUGUACGCCGUCUGCAACAACGACGUCGACAUGGUCCAGCACCUCUUCACCGCCCAGGAGCCCCUCAAGAUCAACCUUGCC